CUUGGAUAUAGUUAGCAGUUUUAUAAAAGUACAUUUGAAAUUUUCCUUUUUAUAUGAAUUUUCAUUUAUAAAAUAUACAAUUAAAAUAAUUUUACACCUAAUAAUAGUAAGAAGGAAUAUAUAUUUUUAAACGCUAAUCGCGAUAACUAGCUAAAACAAACAAAUAUAAUACAAUUCUAUUAAAAACAACAAUUGCAUGUCAAGUAAUAAUAUUAUACUGUGUUAUAUUUGUAGUUUUGUAACGGACCGCAUAACUGGACCUGCAUAGACCCGGCAAUCCAUGAAUAUAACAUUUAAUCAAUGGAAGAGGAAAACCAAAAACCACAUCGAUCGGUUUCACGUAAAGGCCGGAGUCAUGGAGCGGAUGAAGAAGCAGCGCCAGGAAACAAAUGCUCCGGGGAAAGGCGCCGGUCGUCGUGGGCUGCGGCGGUGAUAGCAGACUGUGUGGCGCUUUGCUGUUGUCCCUGCGCCGUCGUGAACCUCCUCACACUUGCUUUCGUCAAGGUUCCGUGGAUGAUUGGCCGGAAAUGUAUAGGCAGGAGAAAGAAAAGGAAGAAAAAGAUGGAGCGUGAGGAUCGUUUUCAUCACAACCAGAGGUCGGAACCGGUGAAAGGCGUGAGUAGUGGAUGUUGCGGGGGAGGAUAUGGAGAGUUGGAUGACCACCGGUUUGUGGUGGAGAGAGAUGGAAGUCUAACGAAGGAGGAGGAGGAGGAGAAAACAGCGUCGUUUUGGGGAGAGGAUGAGGCGAGGAUCAGUGCUAGAGCUGAAGCUGAGAGAGUUUGGUUGGAAUUGUAUCAGAUUGGACAUCUUGGUUUCGGUAGAGUCUCUUUCACUGGUAUUCAUCAGUAAUUUUUUUUUAGAAAAAAAAAUCUUUAUUAACUUCCAAAAGAGUAGUGAGUACUUAUGUCUUGUGAAAUUCUUUAGUGUAGCAAAUAAAUAAAUAAAACUCCAAGAUCACACUGAUAGUAAAUAAUAUAUACAAUCACUAUGUUACUUGAAACA